CGCCCGGGCGGUUUAGAGGUGCGGGGCGCACCUGGGGCGAGUGCAACAGGAGGGCUGGAGGCGGCGGACCCCGUUUCCCCGCCCGCCCUCCGCCUGCUUCCGGGGCUGGAAUCCGCCUCAGACCCUUGCCCGCGUCUUGGCUUCUGGCAGCCUCCUCCCGUUCCCUUCCCGGGUUGGAACGAGAGUCCUCCUCGGGCUCCGGGGCCUUGAUUUUUCAAGAUCUAUCAAUGGACUCGUUCUUCUCUCGGGGAGGAGGGGGCGGGCACGACUCUGUCCCCGAAUCCAUCCCGGAUCGCAGAUGAUUGCAGAGUGCAUGCUGGACUGUGGGUGGCGGGAAGACAAACUUUUACUAAAGUGCGCCUGGGCAGGGGGACCACGUUUAGGGCGUCUUGGUAUUGAAGGCGGAGGCUCGGCUGGGGGCUGCGAAGGGGAAACUCCAAAGCGUCGGCCGGGUCGCCCCGGGAGAGGGUGUGUAAAGGGCGUACAAAUCCUUCGGAACCCCUGGGCCAACAACUGUCAAACAUCUGGAAUCCCAGCCCCUCCCUUGCCCUGCACUCAGGAAGAAGGUGAAAACCCUUCAACUUUCCUCUGAUUGCUCCUCCCUGCCUUUGGACCCCUUUGGAAGGGUACAGGGCCGACCCCCGGCGCCUGGCAAGAAGAAACAUGAAGUUCCCCUGGAAAUUAUUCAAGAGGAAGAUGGAAAGGGCUAUCUAAAAGAGACUUGAGAGCCGCAGACCACAAGACUGGGGCCAGAGGGCUGGCAGUGGAAAACCCUGUUGGGUUGCGAUCUCUCACUGAAAAGUCCCAGUUGCCUUUUUACUUCCUGCCAAAGGAAGGGAGAGAAGGAGCAGACCAUGUCCAUAGCCUUGAAGCAGGUGUUCAACAAGGACAAGACCUUCCGGCCCAAGAGGAAAUUUGAACCUGGCACGCAGAGGUUCGAGCUCCACAAACGGGCUCAGGCCUCCCUCAACUCGGGCGUGGACCUGAAGGCGGCCGUGCAGCUGCCGAGCGGGGAGGACCAGAACGACUGGGUGGCGGUGCACGUGGUGGACUUCUUCAAUCGCAUCAACCUCAUCUACGGUACCAUCUGUGAGUUCUGCACCGAACGGACCUGCCCUGUGAUGUCAGGGGGCCCCAAAUACGAAUACCGGUGGCAGGAUGACCUCAAGUACAAGAAGCCGACUGCCCUGCCGGCCCCCCAGUACAUGAACCUUCUCAUGGAUUGGAUCGAGGUCCAGAUCAACAAUGAAGACAUCUUUCCAACGUGUGUGGGUGUUCCCUUCCCAAAGAACUUCCUGCAGAUCUGCAAGAAGAUCCUGUGCCGCCUCUUCCGGGUCUUCGUCCACGUCUACAUCCACCACUUCGACCGGGUCAUUGUGAUGGGUGCCGAGGCCCACGUCAACACCUGCUACAAACACUUCUAUUACUUCGUCACGGAGAUGAACCUCAUAGACCGCAAGGAGCUGGAGCCCUUGAAAGAGAUGACGAGCAGGAUGUGUCACUAACGGCCCCAUCUUACCCUCCGGAAGAAAGAGGAAAGCUGUUUUCCUCCUGGCGUCCCAGGCGGGCAGGAGGGAGACUUCCCCGGCUGGAGAGGCGCGCCUACUGCCAGGAACAGGCCCAGCUGGAGACCAGCGGUGACUCCGGAGAGCGGUUCCCGCUCACCUCGUGUCUGUCAACCCUCUGAGUGCUGCUGGCGUGACCUGUGGACCCGCCGGGAGGGAAGGACCGCCCCUCGCCCAUCCUGGAGGAAGGAUGCCCCUGCACUUAACACGCACUGCGCAGUUGUGCAGUUCUGCCGGUGACCUGCCACCUAAGCUUUGCUGAAAUUCAGGUUUUGCGCCCAAGGUCCUUAUCCCUACUUCUCCACUUACCUGUCUCGUCAGCCGUCUGCCUUUUCUGUAACGUGUGUUCUAAGUACCCAGUGAAUUUUGGAACUCUGGAUGCACAACCAAUUUUUCUCUAACAAGCCUUCCUGUGCGGUCUCGGCAGACUUCGGCCCUUGAUGCUUGGUCUCGGCUGGGAGAUCUGACGCCCGCCCGCUCACAGCAUCCGCGCAGUUUCCGCCCCUCAAGCAGUUUUAUCAGGGACCAUUCCACGGGGCGGCUUGUCUCUGCCCCAAACAGGGUCUGCACACUCUCACUGCAGGAAACAGACUGGUCUCCAGCCUAAGGCUGGCUAGUUACCAGUUCACCCUGAACAGAGUAUCUUUUUUUUUUUUUUAAACCACGCCAUUCCUUGUCUCUUCCGGUCAAGAUUUUUUUUUCCUGUUUCUCCGAAGAGAGAAAUAAAGGAAGUUAUAAAUGACCAAGAAUGAUCAGCAGAAGCACUGAGCCAGAUUAGCGCAGUGUUUGUUCGUUAUUAAAGGGUGUGGUGGCUGUCUCUACGUAAUACUGAGAUUUCAGUGGGGAGGGGGGAAAGUACAAUGGGUGAUUUGACGCCUGUAUCUCAGACACCCAGCCCAUUGACUUAUCUUCCCAACAGGCCCUCUGAGCUUCUAGAUCCAGCCUAUGUUUUCUUCCUGUUCCUCCGCAAUCCCCACCUCCUCCACCCAUUACAUUUGACGUUACAAAACAAAGUUAAUUUCUGCCAGGGUGAUGCUCCUGCCAUGGUUGCCAAGGUAACAGGCAAGCUGGAGCCGUCUUCCUUCUUCCAUCCUUGCCAAUGUUUGGAUCCCAGCAGACAGACUCAUUCUGUGCUGCAUCCUGCCUUUUGAAAGCUACCUGACUUUUCGCUGAAGUAAUGUUGCCUUCCCGGAUUCAUUCGCAAAACUGUGGUGGUCCCAAGAGUCUGUAACUAGGGGGUGAUGAUACUUCCGGUGAUCAUUUGAUUUUGACAAAAUAGCAGUUGGUGGAGGGAAGUAGAUGAGAAUGUAUUAGUGAAUUUUAAUGUAAUACUGAUUAAAGAAUAACUUAACAAUUCUGA